AUACACAACAUUUCUCAAUAUAUCGACACUCAUGCAGGCGUCCGCGGACUUUGUGUGUCAUUGAUUGGACUGAAGCGUCAUCAUGCCUGUGAACGCCGCUGUGAUUAGAGGAGUUCAGAAGCUGGUGCUUUAUGAGACCAGAGCCAGGUAUUUUCUGGUGGGCAGUAAUAACGCUCAAACGAAACAUCGUGUCCUGAAGAUCGACCGCACUGAACCGCGAGAUCUGGUCAUUAUUGAUGAUAAGCAUGUUUACAGUCAGCAGGAGGUGCGAGAGCUUCUGGGCCGUCUGGAUCUCGGCAAUCGCACUAAGAUCGGGCAGAAGGGAUCCUCCGGUCUUUCCAGAGCCGUUUCUGCCCACGGCAUUGUGGGUUUCGUGCGGUUUCUGGAGGGUUACUAUAUCGUGUUGAUCACUAAACGCCGCAGGAUGGCGGAUAUCGGCGGCCACUCGAUUUAUAAGAUUGAAGACACGAAUAUGAUCUACAUUCCUCAUGACUCUGUGAGAGUCACACACCCUGAUGAGGCCCGAUAUGUGAGAAUAUUCCAGAACGUGGAUCUGUCCAGUAACUUCUACUUCAGUUACAGCUACGACCUGAGCCACUCGCUGCAGUGUAACAUGACGCUGCUGCAGAUGCCGUGUGACGCCGGAGAGAGCGAAGAGCUCAACACCAGCGGCAGACAGGACAGCUUUGACAUCUUCGAGGAGGAGGGACUCCCCACUCCAGUUGUCCACGGUCUGAUUAAUGAACCCUACGCUAAGUAUGUGUGGAACGUCCGUCUGCUGGAGAACGUCAAGAACAUCGUCCAUCCUGAUUGGCUGCUCUACAUCAUUCACGGCUUCUGCGGCCAAUCCAAGUUGUUGAUCUACGGUCGGCCGGUGCACGUCACGCUCAUCGCCCGCCGCUCCAGCCGCUUCGCCGGCACGCGGUUCCUCAAGCGAGGAGCGAACUGUGAGGUACGUGCUCGAGACGGACGGACCACGAGCUCUACUGUAUGCCGUGUGUCACACCCGUCCAACACGAGCUGUUUCUCUUCUGGAUUUAUCUCUGUGUGUUCAGGUGGGAUUCUAAGAUUCCUGUCCAACACUAAUUAUCUCGGGCUUGUGAUGCAUCAGUGCUUUGAAAGCAUCGCACAGCUGCAGUUUGUUAUUGGCAGGACAUCGACACAUUCAGAUAAACGAGAGAAGAGAAAGCAUGAGAAGAUCCUGAGUGAGGAGUUUUAUCCCGCUAUCACCAACCUGAACCAGUUCCUCCCGCCGGAGCACGGCAUCGAGUACAUCGCCUGGGACAUGGCGCGAUACACGAAGAGUAAACUGUGCAACGUGUUGGAUCGUCUCAGUAUGAUCGCUGAGAAUGUGGUCAAGAGGACGGGAUUCUUCGUUAAUCGACCUGAAUUUUAUUGCCACACGUUACGUCCUGAUGAAAGCAGCGGUAAACGAGAGAAGAGAAAGCAUGAGAAGAUCCUGAGUGAGGAGUUUUAUCCCGCUAUCACCAACCUGAACCAGUUCCUCCCGCCGGAGCACGGCAUCGAGUACAUCGCCUGGGACAUGGCGCGAUACACGAAGAGUAAACUGUGCAACGUGUUGGAUCGUCUCAGUAUGAUCGCUGAGAAUGUGGUCAAGAGGACGGGAUUCUUCGUUAAUCGACCUGAAUUUUAUUGCCACACGUUACGUCCUGAUGAAAGGUGGGGAGAUCUCGGAGGGAAGGUCACACCGAAUGGCAGGCUACAGGUUUGUCUUCCUCAAAAUCUGCUGCAUGUUGGUGCUCAAUCUGGUCAAGAAGUGUCCAAUCAAAAACACAGCAUUUAUCUGACCGACACGUUAAACCAGCAGUCACACGCCGCCUGGUUUUACGUUGUUAAACUAUAUAAUAAAAUAAAGCCUAAACUAAGACUUGGGCAAACAGGAAUAACUCACAGAAGUAACAUUGAUGGUUUGUGUCUCUCAGAUGCAGACAGACAGGACGCGAUAAACCUCUUUCUGCAGGUCUUCCAGCCGUCGGAGUCGAAGCCUCACCUCUGGGAACUGCCUACAGAUUUCUACCUUCAUCACAGCGAUACCAUGGUCCUCCCACACCAGCAGCACAGUUACACACACUGGUGGACUGACGGAGUGCUGACGUUCCUGCCGUCACCGUAUGAUGAAGCCCAGUGUGAGAAGAACCGGAGGAAGGUGACGGUGAAGCGCGUGAACCGCUUUGACGAAAGCAUCGACAUCUACACCGAGAUCUUCAAGCCGUACGAACUCACCUCGUUCGACGACACGUUCAGCAUCGCCAUGACCAACUCCGCGAGGGAGUUCAUGCCGAAGACGGUGGGCCUCGAUCCCAGUCCGUUCACCGUCCGCAAACCAGACGAGAGCGCAAAGUCAGUGCUGGGCAGUAAGUCCAGUAAGGAGGAGGCGGUGUUGCAGAGGAAGACGGCGGCCAGCGCUCCUCCUCCUCCCAGCGAGGAGCAGAUCUCCAGCAGCUCUGAGGAUGACUCCGAGGAAGAGCGCGAGGAGGAAGGGACGGCCUCACAGCGCUCCACGCCGAUCAGAGUGUCCGAGCCGAGCGACAGCGUCCGCACGCACGAGGAUCCGCCUCAGCAGCGUCUGCCGCCUGUCAGAGAGACAUACGGGCUGAACCUGCUGGCCAUCCCGCCGGAUGAAGACGUCCUCAUAUACCACAGAUUUGCUCAUCUGGGUCAGAACCAGCACAAGGUGGAGAGACGCGACGAUAUGAAGAAAUUAGACGCCGUCAUCAGCCUCGCUCCGGUGUCUCUGUUCCCGUCGGACAGCAUCUAUGAGGUUUCUGCUCCAGAGGUGGACAUCCAGAGCCGCGAGGUGUUCGAGUGUCACGUUCAGACGGGUCGUGGCUGGGUCAGGACUCUUUGUCAGGAGGACGUGCUCAUGUACCGCGAGUACAUCAAAAACAGAUACAUGUGAAUGUCUCCAAACCAUUCAGAUCCACUGAUGGAAAAUGGUUGAAUUAUUAGAGCAGCGGUUCUCUGUUCUGCUCGUUUUAAAGUGAGUCAUUUGAGCAUCAAAAAUAUAUGACAUUCCUUUUCCCUAUAAAAGCAAUGCAGGAGUGUUCAUGAAGAACAGACGUCACUGUGACUUUAAUAGAUUGUGUGGCGUGCAACAAAUCGAUUCGCAGACGAGCUUCUGUUGUGUUGUGCCUGAUGUUAAUGUGAUGUAUGAAGUUACAUGUGUACAGAAUAGAAUAAAAUAUCAUGA